AUGGGCCACGUGGGAGACGUCCGCGAGCUGCCAUUGCAUCUCGAAAGAAACAAUCCGACCGCCGAACGGGAUGGCCAUCUCAUACCCGAGGUCGACGACACAGGCUACCGGAUUCGAGAGCAACCAUAUGGCACUAAACGCGAGGUCAAAGUCAUCUUGAUGGGCGCAGGCGCGUCGACGUUGAACUUUUUGAAAAAAGCAGAGGAGCAAAUGUCCCAUCUCACCAUCACUGUAUACGAAAAGAACCACGAUGUGGGCGGUACGUGGUUGGAGAAUCGCUAUCCGGGCUGUGCUUGCGAUAUACCCAGUGUGAACUACCAGUUCUCCUGGGCUAUCAAAAUCUGGUCACAGUUCUACUCUUCCUCUACCGAGAUCUGGGAGUAUCUCAAAGACUUGUAUACACGGGGAAACUUCAUCGACAAGUAUGUCAAGCUGAAUCACCAGAUCAACCAUGCUGAGUGGAAUGAGGAAAGGGGUAAAUGGGUGAUUAAAGCGAAGAAUCUGAAGACGGGAGAGGAGAUUGACGAUGAGGCCGAAUUCUUCAUUAAUGCCGGCGGAGUACUCAACAACUUCAAGUGGCCUGACAUACCUGGUCUGAAGGACUUCAAGGGAAAACUGAUGCAUUCGGCAGCAUAUGACGAGGGAUAUGACCUCAAAGGCAAAAAGGUCGCUGUGGUGGGCGCCGGUAGUAGUGGAGUUCAGAUUGUGGCGAAGAUUCAGCCCGAUGUCGAGCACUUGUACCACUGGAUCCGCUCUCCAAUAUGGAUCACGGCCGGCUUUGCGCAGACAUGGGCAGGCAAAGAUGGCGCCAAUUUCGAAUACACUCCCGAACAGCUCCAGUAUCUGCAAAAGAAUCCCCACAAGUACCUCGAAUAUCGAAAACAAAUCGAAAAUGAACUCAACCAACGCUUCAAAUUCAUCAUCAAAGGCUCCCAAGAAGCCGCCGAAGCACGCGAAUUCUCCUACGAACAAAUGGCCCGUAAACUCAACCACGACGCUCGCCUCUGCGAUAAAAUUAUCCCCAAAAACUUCAACCCGGGCUGUCGUCGUCCCACUCCUGCGCCCGGCUAUCUCGAAGCCCUCAUAUCCCCCAACGCCACCAUUUUCACCGAUCCCAUCAACACUUUUACCGAAACUGGCUUCAUCGACCACAACGGCACACCUCACACCUGCGACGUCGUCAUCUGCGCCACCGGCUUCGACACCACCUGGCUUCCCCGUUUCCCCUUUCGCGGAAAACAUGGCCAAGACCUCCGCGACAUCUGGACGCCCGAAGCUGGUGUAACCUCCUACCUCUCCAUCGCCAUUCCCCAUUUCCCCAACCACUUCACCUUCUGCGGACCCUACGGCCCUCUCGGCCAUGGCAGUUUUAUGCCUCUGAUUGAACGCUGGACGGCAUACAUGUUUGAUAUGAUUCGCAAAGCGCAAAUUGAAAAUCUCAAAUCUUUCACGCCGAAAGAGGAUGUCGCGAGACAGUUUCGUCGGCAUGCGGAUUUGUUCUUGCAGCGUACCGCGUGGACGAGUGGGUGUCGGAGUUGGUUUAAACAGGGCAAGGAGAUGGGUCAGGCGGCGAUUUGGCCCGGGAGUCGGUUGCAUUUUUUGCAUCUGUUGGAACGGCCUAGGUAUGAGGAUUGGGAGAUUGGGAGGUGGGAUGAGAAUGUUUUUGCUUUUUUGGGAAAUGGGUUUGACACGAGAGAAUUUGAUGGGAGGGAUAUUACGAAUUAUCUUGGUUUGCUCGAGGAAGGCAAAGAUGAGCAGCCUCAGUAUGGCGAGGAGUUGUUGAACAAGCUUGCGGGAUGGGCUAUAGGGAAGUAA